AUGUUGCAAUUUGGUUAUUUCUGCUUCAUUGCUUCUGUACCUUUUACAGUGGUUAUUUGUGCUUCAUUGCUUCUGUACCUUUUACAAAAAUGGGCUAAGGUAGCCAAGUUGAAGGACCUUAGUGGGGCAACAUUUGAUGAUGAUGUCCAUGCCAUAAUGCUUGAGCAGGACCACUACCUUGGUCAUUGCAAGGACCACCCUAAGGAUGUUGAAUACCUCAACACCCCCAUCAGGUUCUACAAAGAGAUGGAGGCCCUCUUUGGUAGCACUUUGGCAACUGGUAGGUUUGCCUUAGGGUCCAAUGAACCAUUGGGGGUGAACAAUGCAGACUGUGUGGCUGCUAAGCUUGAGGGGCAGGACUUCUCUUGUGGUACUUCUGAGUUUGGGGAGGGCAGCAAUGACAACAUUGUAGGGGCUAAGAGGAAGAGGGCCAACUUUAGUGAGGAAGAGAUGCUUAUGAUGACCAACAUGACAGAUAGUGUUACAAAUGUUGCCAAUGCUAUGCUGAAAAUAGGUGCUGCACAUGUCGAUCCAGACCUCUACCUUGCUAUCAUGGAGAUGGAGAUGUCUGACUUCUCCACUGAGGCCUUGAUUGUUGCCUACACCCAUCUCCUUAAGAAAAAGGCUGUUGCAACUGGUUUUGUCAACAUGUCCACCCCCCAUAGGGCCAUAUGGCUGAGGACCUACCUGGCCAAGAACUACUAUUUGUAG